AUGAUUGAGAAGAACAAUACAUGGGAAUUAGUUGAUAGGCCAUUUGACAAACUAGUAAUUGGUGUUAAGUGGGUCUACAAGGUCAAACUGAACCUAGAUGGUACUGUGCAGAAGAAUAAAGCUGGGCUAGUGGCUAAAGGCUACUCACAAAAGCCCGGAAUUGACUACAAUGAAGCAUUUGCCCCUGUGGCACGGCUAGAUACCAUCAGAACCUUGAUUGCCCUUGCUGCACAAAAGGAAUGGAGUUUGUAUCAAUUGGAUGUGAAGUCUGCCUUUCUCAAUGGCAUUCUAAAGGAGGAAGUCUAUGUUGAACAGCCUCAAGGAUAUGUUCAAGAGAGCAAGGAAACCAAGGUUUACAGGUUGAACAAGGCUCUAUAUGGACUUAAACAAGCCCCAAGGGCCUGGUAUGAUGAAAUAGAUGCCUACUUCAACACUGCAGGUUUUAAGAAGAGUUUAAGUGAAGCUACUCUCUAUAUCAAAACAAAUGACACCUCAGAUGACAUCAUAUAUACUGGAAGUUGUCCUAAAUUGCUUGAAGGGUUUAAGCAAGAUAUGAUGCAACACUAUGAGAUGACAUAUUUGGGUUUGUUACACCAUUUUCUUGGCAUGGGAGUGGUACAAACUGAUAAGCACAUUUUCAUUCACCAAAAGAAAUAUGCUAUGAAACUCCUUGAGAAGUUUGGAAUGAGAGACUGCAAGUCAGUGGCAAUUCCAUUAGUGGUGAAUAAGAAACUGUGUAAAGAAGAUGGAAGUGAAGCAGCAGAUGAAAGUGAAUUCAGACAGAUUGUAGGAAGUUUGCUUUAUUUGACUGCCACAAGACAAGAUGUCAUGUUUGCAUCUAGCUUGCGUGCUAGUGACUGGGCUGGGAGUGAGGAUGAUAUGAGGAGCACCUCAGGAUAUGGCUUCACACUAGGCUCAGGCAUGUUCUCUUGGGCCUCCAUCAAGCAAAGCACAGUUGCUCUGUCUACAGCCAAAGCUGAGUAUGUGAGUGCUGCAGAAGCAACUUCACAAGCUAAGUGGCUCAGAUUUGUGCUUGAGGACUUUGGUGAAGAACAGGUAGAAGGGACUCCAAUUCUAUGUGACAACACCUCUGCAAUUGCAAUGGCAAGGAAUCCAGUUCAUCACCAGAAGAUAAGACACAUCAGCCGAAAAUUUCAUUUCAUAAGGGAAGCUAUUCAAGCAAAAGAAAUUGAACUCAUCUACUGCAAGACAGAAGAUCAAAUAGCAGACAUUUUGACUAAGGCUCUGCCUAAGGAUCGGUUUGUGAGGUUGAGAAGCCUGCUUGGAGUGAAAUCAACUAAAGGAUUAGAAGGGAGUGUUGAAAUGUAA